AUGUCUCGCCCCGAGCCCCGUGCGCAACGAUUUGGAUCCGCAUCGCCCUUCUUUCUCUCGCACAAAUCGUGCGUCACGAGGCACCGCCUCUGCUUCUCGCUUCCGCCCACGCAGCCGCCAGCGAGCUCUCUAGCCGCCGCCAUCCUUCUCCGAUUGGAACUCGAGCGCGCACGCCAAGCGGCCAAGGUGAGAUCGGAGGCCGAUGUCUCUUCCUCGAAUCGCGCCCGGACCCGCUGCUCCUCUUCCUCUUCGAGAAAACCGCACGGGGUCGGGGCGUCGGGCACCAGUGCCUUGGCGACAUUAGAGCUGCCAGUGCUACACUGCUACCCCUGUUCUUUGGCGUCGAACGGAGUGCUGCGGGGCUUGUCGUCCCAAGCUGCACUCAGCCAAAUCCUGCUGCAGGCCUUUAAUUGGGAGUCAUGGAACAAGGGAGGACCCGGAUGGUACGACUACCUGCAGAGCCAGGUCGACGACAUCACCGCCGCCGGGAUCACCCAUGUGUGGCUACCACCGCCGUCGCACUCCGUGGACGCGCAAGGUUAUCUUCCGGGGCGGCUGUACGACCUGAACGUGUCCCAGUGCAUCGCCGACAUCGUCCUCAACCACCGCACGGCGGAGAGCAAGGACGGCCGCGGCGUCUACUGCAUCUUCGAGGGCGGCACGCCGGACGGCCGCCUCGACUGGGGCCCCCACAUGAUCUGCCGCAACGACAGCUACUCCGACGGCACGGGCAACGCCGACACCGGCCUGGACUACAAGCCGGCGCCGGACCUCGACCACCUGAACGACGUCGUCCGGAGCGACCUCACGGGGUGGCUCCAGUGGAUGAAGAGCGACGCCGUCGGCUUCGACGGCUGGCGCCUCGACUUCGCCAACGGCUACUCCCCGGCCGUCGCCGGCAGGUACAUCAGCAGCACGACGCCCGACCUCGCGGUGGCGGAGAUAUGGACGGACCUGGCGUACGAGCAGGACGGGAGGCCGCGCGCCGACCAGGACGCGCACCGUCAGGUCCUCGCGGACUGGGUGGACGCCGUCGGCGGCCCCGCGGCGGCGUUCGAUUACACGACCAAGGGCAUCCUCCAGGCCGCGCUCAACUUCAGCCAGCUGUCGUGGAUGAAGGACGCCCAGGGGAGGGCGCCCGGUCUGGUUGGCCUGCGCCCACAUCAGGCCGUCACGUUCGUUGACAACCACGACACCGGUUCAAAGACGCAUCAGCUCUGGCCGUUCCCGCCGGCGAUGAUCUUGCAGGGCUACGCCUACAUCCUCACGCAUCCAGGCAUCCCUUGCAUCUUUUACGACCAUUUCUUCGAUCCGGACAUGAAAGACCAGAUCACUACGAUGAUGAAGAUAAGGACGCGGAACAAGAUUGGGCCGGCCAGCAAGUUGCGGAUUCUCCUUGGGGGCAGGGCGUAA